AUGAUUAAGAGAGAACAUUCGGAAAAACGUGAAAAAGCCCGAAAUGGAAAGGAGUACAGAGAACAGAAAAAAAAAAAAAAAAAAAGACGACAAAUGAUCAACGUUGUGGGAGUUAAAUAUCCAAACGAUUUGAAAAGUAGCCUGUACAAUAUGUGCCUCAGUUUUUCUUAUAGUGAUAUUUAUCAAGAAUACAUAAAGAGGUUAAGUCUAAAUUCUUACAACAAUUGUGAUUAUGAUCAAAUAAAACGAAAUUCUUUUAUACCUAGAGAGGAUUUUUUAAAAUAUUAUAAUUUCACUCUUUAUGACAAUAAUUUUGAAUUAGAAUCAGAAGAAAAUUAUGAAAACAAAAUUUUUAAAGAUUCUGAUGACGAUAUUAGUGAUAUGGAGGAAGUAGGAAAAUAUGCAUUGGAAAGAUACGACGCAUGGGGAUAUAAAACUAGAACAAGUCGAAUAAAAAAUCUGAUAUUAGGAACGCCUGAACGUAAAAAUAUUAUCUUAUCAAAUCUGAAAAAGAUAAAAUGCGAAGAAUCAAAAGAUGAAGUUGUAUGUUCAAAAUCGUAUGCAUCUGAACUCUUCAGAGUUCUUAGUGAAAGAAAACAUCAAAACUGCUUCUAUGAUAAUUAUGACAACUGUGGAAAUAGUAAGAAUUGUAAGAAUAGUGAGAAUAGCAGGAAUAGAAAAAAUUUAAGGGAAACAUUAAGAGGGAAUAUAAAAAGUGAAGAAGAACAAAAUGGAUGCCUCGAAACUGUGAGGAGAAGAUUUUCUUCCUUUUUCAAUUUAUUGCAUGGUGCAAGGGAAUCUUCUUUCAUGUCCAAUUUGAACAUUUACUUUUUAAAUUAUCACGAUAUAGAUAAAAAAAAAAUAAAAAACUCAUAUAACGAAAAUUACAUCUAUAUGCUGCAAAAUUUGGCAGAAGUUCAAAAUGAUCCCAUAGUUGAAAAGUAUUAUAAAGGCGUUCAUGAAAUGAGAUACGACAGAUGCAUGAGCACAUCACACAUAAGCACAUUACACAUGAAGGAAGAAUUAAAAAACGAAGAUGAAAGACACGGACAAAUGAUAACAAGUGUGAGAGACUAUGUGGAUUCACAAACUGACAGUUGCAUAAAAAGUAGUAAAAUGGAAAAAGAGGAAACUCACAACAUAUCCCCGGUUGUACCAAGUGAACCGUUCAUGCUUGAACUCGAGGAGGAAAGAAAAAAUAAGAAAAAUGGGAAAAAAGUGCGACUAAGCGAAAAUUUUGUUAAAGAGACAAAAGUGGACAAAUCAGUAAAUUCAAAUGUGGAAAAACGAUGUAUACGUAAAAGUAUGAAAAGACUUUGUUCAGAAGAAAUUGAUAUAUAUUUUAAAAAAGUUUUGAAAAAUGAAAUUAUAAAUUUUAAUCAAAAAAGUAUUGAUAAUCGAGAUAAAUGGAAUUCAGUAUGUCAUUUUGUAUGUUCAUGUAUAGGUGCAUCAUUAAGUGCUCAAUGCUACUUAGAUAUGCCACCAAUCAGAUCAACAUUUGAUUUUAUAUUCCUCCUUUUGCUUCUCCUCUUCUGUUAUCUAUUUAUCGGGUUACCAGUAGUACAAAUGGAAUAUGCACUUGGACAAAUAUCCCAAGGAGGUAUAAUAAAUAGCUUAAACUUUUUACAAAAAAAAUUUAGAGGAAUUGCAAUUGUUUCGUUCAUUAUAUCUUUUUAUGUAUUGUCCAAAAAUGUUAAUAACAGUGUAGAAACUGCCAUAGUUCUUGUCGGUUCCUUGGCAAAUCCCUUGCCAUGGAAUUUGAACGAAUGCAAAAAAAUAUCGCUAAGAAUCCAUUGUUUGCAGAAUGAAAAAUGCAAGUGGUUAACUGCUGAUAUGGACAGAGAUAACACUGUUAGAGGCCAUACCCAGCGUUGGUUGCCUUAUACAUACAAACGCUUGGAUAAUGUAGGAGAGCAAGUAAGAGUUAACAGACGAAGAAGAAGUAAUGCUAGUCUUUCUAAAAUUGAAGCUGAAACGAAAAUAUUACCUAACCACUGCACAUCUGUUGCAACAUCAGAGGGACAUCGUUUCUUCUCACAAGAAGUAAAAUUAACUUGGAAAUUUUGGUUUUUCUUUUUAAUUAUACUAAUUUUAUAUUUUCUAUUAAGGAUAGAUGGUAUGUGUCUAUUCCAGAUUUUGCAAUACGCAUUUUUCCUCUUUUUCCUUGUUGUUUUUUUUCAAAUAUUUAUAUUGUACCACGAAUUGAAAUCUCAAGUUGGCAUCGAUGUGAAUAAAGUUACUACCAAGGAGGAAGGAUCAUCAUAUAACAACAAGAGCAUAUUUUUUAAUGCUGACUAUUUUCUUUACUUAAAUUUUGAAAUAAUAGCAAAGGUAUUUACCACUGUAUUGAUAUCCCUUAACUGUUGCACAGGCAUAAAUUAUAUGCUUUCUUCCUAUACAAAUAUUGGAGAAAACAUAUUUGUAUGUGCCUGGUAUGCCGUAAUUGGUUCUUUUAUCGGUCUAGCAACACAUUUGAUUCAUUACUAUUUUUGUGCUGAACUUAUAAAUUAUUAUCCACUUGUGCAUGGAAAAAUAACAUUGGGCAUGUUAGCACAUGGCUAUGGUGGAUUCCCUUUGCAUUCUUCCUCUGUUCAGAAUUAUUUGUUCAAAAAGGUAAAACCUAUUAAUGAUUUUAUCAUAUAUAUAGAUGCACUAUCAAGAGUGAAAUUUCAAAACAUUAUGAGUUUAACAUAUUUUUUAUCCUCUUUGUUGGCUUUGCUCACAUCUUCUGCUAUUUAUUUAAAAGGAAUAAUAAUUGUUCUAAAAGAAAGUAAAAAAUUUAAAAAUUGCCAAAAAAAGGUUAUCACCGUGUUGGUAAUAGUGGUGUAUUUUUUUUUAGGGAUUUUUUACUUGUUUCCAUUUGGGCAUAACACUGAAUUGUUAGUGAAUUAUUCUACAUCAAGUUGUAUAUACUUAAUUGUUAUUUCUUUACAAGUUGUAUGCAUUACGUGGAUUUAUGGUUCUGAACGUACAGAGAAAUUAAUAAAUUGGAAGGAAAAAAAAAAAAAAAAAAUUUCCCCUUCUUUGUCCUUAUUAUAUUUGUUCGUUGCAAUGUGGCUAAUACCCAUUAUUUUGGUAUAUUUAUAUAGACACAUUUUUCUAAAUAUUAUUUUUUUUAUAUUUAGCUUGUUCUUACUAUUGACAUUAUUUGUAUGUGUAAAUGCAUAUUUUGUGUGUAAAAUUAAUUUGAAUAUCAAUUUUAGGGAGAAGAUAUACUUUUUGUAUCUAUUUAACGUGGAUUUGUUAAGGAUCAGAUUGAAUAAUAUUUUAUAUGGAAAAAGGAGAACAUAUGAUUUGGAAAAAGAGGAAAAAUGUUCCUUUGGUAUUUCGUUACUCCAAAAAUUGACAAAUAGUUGGUGUUACUUAACAAAGUUUUUCAUUCCACAUAUUUUAAUAAUCAUUGCUUUGAGUAACUUGCUAUAUAACAUUCAAUUUCUCAUCCAUCGUGGAAGAAUUGGAGCUCCUUUGCUACCUUCACAACCAAAUAGACAUUUUGAAAAAAAUAAAUCCGUUGUCCAUUCCUAUUUAAGGGCACCAUGGAAUGGUAAAAAUGAAUAUACCUAUUUAUCUGUAUCCUCAAAUGAAGAUGAUAUUCCAAGGGAUGAUAUAGGAAAUGACUCCGGCAUGCAAAGCGGAUCAAGAGAAAAAUUCCUUACGCAGCACUAUGAAGCAAAAAGACAAAGGGGUAACUCACUAAAUUUAAUGCAGAAUAUGGAGGAGAGAAGAAGCAAAAGAGAAAUUCUGGAAGGGAAGGCAACUAGAUAUACACACACAGAAACAGAUUUAAAAGGAACAAUACACACUUUGAACAAUAAAAAUAAAUCGAAUAAUUCAUUUGGAGCUUUCACGCAACUUGGCAGUACGAUAAUAAUGCUACUACUCAUCAUCAUAAUUUCUCUGAUUGUUUUUAUAAACCCUGACAAAAUGAAUUUUCUCACAUGUGCUCCCACUAACACGUGGAAAAUAAACGAUGUACAUUCUAAGAAAAUGAACCCUAUUAAUUAUUCUUACACGAGACAUAUACUUUUUUUUGAAGAAAUGUUUUCCAUCGAAAAAAUUAUGCCUAGUUAUGUUUGGACACAUAUAAAUAGGCACAUAAAAAAAAACAACUGCGUUACUCCUUUUCAAGAAAAUAAUGAUAUAAACCAAACCAUUCAUGAUAACAGUUUUGCAUUUAUGAAUAAAAAUGAUUUUGAAAACCAUAUCUUUAACUUAAUUGAUCAUGGUUCAAAACUAAGUCACUUUGCAGACAUAAAAUUGGAGCACUAA